AUGAUCUCAUUUUGGAAUGAUUAAGAAACAAAUAAUUAUUACCUAAUAAACAAUAAGACUGGGGAAAAGUAAAGAGUUUACAAGACAGGAGAUUAUAUUAAAGAAUUCGAUCCUUCUUUGACAGGACGUGUUGGGUUUAAAUAACGAUUAAAGUUGGCUCUUAAACCUUCAUAUUUACCGGCUAAAGCAAAAUCAUUGCAAUCUAGAUUCACUUACUACACUCCAAAGGGAAAUAAAUUUUUAUGGUAUUCUCAAUGUCCAAGACCUAAACAACUUCCUAAUUUAGAACAUUUUACAACGACAAAUAAAUCAUUUAUGUCAUAAACAUAGAGAGAUAAAUAAUUUGUAUUUCCUGUUUCAUUUUCAAAGAACUAACCUUAAAUGAAAAUUACAACUGGCAUCUCAAAUUACCAAAGUCUUCUUGAGCCAGAGCAAUUUCAAUCUAUGUAGAAUGCUUAGAAUCUAGAUUUAAACAAUGAGUAGCAUUAUAAAGACAUGAGUAACUUAUUUGAUUCAAAAUCAUACGAUUACAAAAGCUUCAACAAACCUCCAAAAUCAAAUUUGAACUGCAGAUCUAUAAAAGAAUUUGAAUAAAUAUUGAAAGAGGAAGAACAAUAACUCGAAAUGUUUAAAUUACCAUCCCCGACAAAAUAAUUAAUCAAUACUAAAGGCAGAUUUCCACUUUAAUUAAAAACUUCAUCUGAUUUUGUGAAAGAGGAUAAAAUGAUAACAAAAUUAUUGUAACCGGAAUUAUUCAAAGAAAAGGUAACCGAUCAAAAGUAGGAUGAGUUGAGGAGAAGAAUAAAUAAAUAUAAAGAAUAAGAGAUGUUGGCUAGGAAUUUAAAAAAUAAAGUUUGA